AUGGAUAAUCUGGUGGCCUUGGUCACGGACAUUAAGGCAGGCUUUAAAGCUAAAAAAGAAACCGUGGCAGCUUUUAUGGAUGUAAAAUCGGCAUAUGACCUAGUUAACCAUAGCAAAUUAAAGACACUCUUAAAGGAAAAGAACUGCCCGGAAAGGGUGGUGAAUGUUAUUGUAAACUGGCUGAAGGAUAGAUCGGCGACAUGUGUCCGAAAAUUCUUAGAAGGGGUUAAUGGUUUAAUUAAGAGAGGGCUCCCACAGGGCUCGGUCUUGAGCCCCCUACUGUACAACAUAUACACUACGGGAAUUUGUAAAGGGCUUGAGCGGUGGGGGGUGAGGGUCCUGCUUUACGCGGACGAUAUUGUUAUAUAUGUUUCGGGCGAAGACAUAAAUGAACUAACGGUAAAACUAGAAGGUGCGGUGGAGGCGUUGUUAGAAAAUCUUAAGGAGGUGGGGUUGGGACUAGCAGAGGGUAAAUCCAAGGUUGUUGUUUUCUCAAAAGCAACAGAUAGGAAUAAGGGAUAUGGUGAAUUUAGAAUAGGCGGAGAAUUAUUGGAGGGGGAAGCUCAGGCCCAGUUUCUUGGAAUAAUCCUGGACAGAUCCCUCAGUUUCAGUAAACACAUAGAGAUGGUAUCGAAUAAAGUUAGGAAAAAGCUAGAUAUUUUGAGGUUUAUUGCCGAUAUCAAGAAGGGUGUCAAGCCGAGUACAAUGUUGAUUUUCUUUAAAGGGCUGAUUAGAUCAAUGAUAGAAUAUGGCCUGUUCCUUUUCUUUUGGGAGAACGAAAGGGCAAUGAACAAAGUUAUGAGGCUGCAUAAUGCGGGUGUUCGUACGGCUAUGGGGUAUAGAAUAACCACCCCCAUAAACGUAAUGAACACGGAAGCGGGGAUAAUGGACCUAGAGUCCAGGGCGGAGGCUUUAUUAGAAAGGUUUGUGAUGAAACAUAAAAUCAAGGGUAAGGGGGUGGUUUAUGAGGCGUUGAUGAGAACCCUAGUGGUGAGAGAGGAAGAAUUGUCGGAGAAUUGUGAUCCGUGGGUGAGGGCAUGGCGUAGAGCAGAAGGGGUAGCAGAAAGAGUUAUGAAUGAUAACUUGGGAAGGGAAGUCUCAAACAAAAGGCGCGAUUUUGUAGAGGGGGGUGGAAUAAUAGUGGAGUGGGAAGUGGGCAAGCGUAGGAAAGAGGAAGAUUUCCCAGACGAGCGUCUGAUUAAUGAAAUCACAGGUAGAAUUUGGCCGAAUCUUGAUAAUAUGGGGGUAGUAGAAAUUUACACAGAUGGUUCUAAAAGGGGUUUGACAGAGGUGGUGGGCGCGGGAUUGGCGAUCAAGGAGGUAUCGGGUGAAUGGUUUGAGGAAUCGUGGUCCCUAAACAAAGUCACGUCGGUUUUCUCGGCGGAGACUUUUGCGAUCUUACAGGCGGUUAAGAAGGCCAGGGCAAAUUGGGGGCGGGAAAGAGUACUUAUCCUAACUGAUUCGGCGAGUGCCCUUAAAAAGUUAGAGGGUUUUGCUAGAAGGAUGGGGGGUAAUCCUUGGAUUCGGGAAAUCAUAGGAGAAAUAAUGAUUUUGGAAGAAGCAUAUAAGAUGGAUGAAGCGGUCGGUCACGGGACUGGACUCCCAGGUAACAGACUGGGAUUCGCAUGGAUUCCCAGUCACGUGGGUAUUGAGGGUAAUGAAAGGGCGGAUAUGAAAGCGGGGGAGGCGACAAAUGGGGAGAAGGUGUUCGAAUAUGGUUUAGUGGAAAGGGAUGUGUUGGGAUAUAUUAUGGAGGGAGCUUGGGUUAGAAAUCACGAGGGCUAG